ACCCGCUUCGUGUGGAGACGACGGGCACGUAUCGCCGUUCGUGGCGUUCCCUCGAGGCGUCGUAAUUACGGAUAUCGGAACGGGACUCACCUCGGACUUCUCGCGGACGCGCAAAAAUGUCAUCGAGCUACGCGGACGGGUUAUCGCCGUACGAAAACAAAGGAGUGCUGGGACUGGAGGAGAGAUACGAUAGCGUCGAGACUCUUCGUCUGAAAUGCGGUCUCCUGGCCGACUGGAUACAAGGCGCACGUCACGUCGUGGUCCAUACCGGAGCCGGUAUCAGCACUGCGGCGGGUAUUCCCGAUUUUCGGGGUACAAAUGGUGUAUGGACAUUGGAACAAAAGGGUUUAAAACCUUCCAUGAACAUCUCUUUUGAUGAAGCGAUCCCUACAAAGACUCACAUGGCAUUAAAAAAAUUGAUAGAGGCCAAAAGAAUAAAGUUCAUUAUAAGUCAGAAUAUAGAUGGACUACAUCUACGAUCAGGAAUACAGAGGCAGUAUCUUUCCGAGUUGCAUGGAAACAUGUUUACAGAGCAAUGUGACAAAUGUGGCAGACAAUUUAUUCGAAAUUUUGCAACCAAAAGCGUGGGGAAAAAGUCCUUGGAUACUGUAUGUAGAUCGGAACAAAUAGGUGGGCGCCCAUGCCGUGGCCGAAUGCACGAUACCAUUCUCGAUUGGGAGCAUAAUUUGCCAGACAGCGACUUGACACUGUCUGACCUUCACUCCAGUGUCGCCGAUUUAAGUAUAUGUCUGGGAACAACGUUACAAAUUAUUCCAAGUGGUAAUCUGCCUUUAUAUACGAAAAAAUACGGAGGCCGUCUUGUUAUAUGUAAUCUGCAACCGACAAAACAUGAUAAAAAGGCUGAUUUAAUUAUCAAUGGCAAUGUCGACGAGGUAAUGGUCGCGGUCAUGAAUAAAUUAGGAUUGGAAAUUCCGGAAUAUGAAAGCAGUAUGGAUCCGACACGAAAUUCUGAUACUACAGCUAAAGAGAUGGACUGGACGAUCCCGACCAGCAGAAUAAAGGAGAUGAAUGUGCUGUACAAAAAGGUGUGCAAGCCGAUGCGAAGGAAACGAAAAACGUUUAUGUAUGAGAGGGAGAGAACGGACGCAACAAGGGAAACUAAGGCCAGAAAGCCAUCAUUUACGGUUAAGCAAGAAAUCAAAACAGAAGCUAAUAUAACCACAUCGGGUGAAAUGUGUCAAACCGAUAAUGAUCGUGUCCCUGACAACUCCGUUAAGACAGAAGAAAACGCAAAGGAUAUCGAAAAGUAUAGAUAUUCGAUGGAAGACGCAACGGAGCAUAACACUGAUCUGAAAAUGAAUCAAACGGUGUAGCAAGUUUUAAUGAAGUAAUAAUUUUCCAUUAUAAUAUUUCGAUUAUUCUCAGUGUAUGCUAACAGUUGCUUAUGAGUGCAUAUUUAAUGAUGUUUAUUGUCCGUAUGAAAUAUGCGAUAGAUUUGCUGAUGUUCUCAAUAGGUAUUUGAAGUACUCGCUGCACAUUUAGUAUUAAAUGUGGCUCUCUGUCUUUCUCCUCUUCUUCCCUUC